AGAGGCUUUCAAAUCAGAAUUCGAAUUCAUAGCUUAAUACCAAUCAUAAAGAAUCUACACACCUGUGUCAUUCAGAAUGUCAAACAAUAUCAAGUUAUUAGUGCCAUACCUCGCUAUAGUUUUUUUCUCUUACUUGGCUACUUUGGCAGAGUCUAGAACUUUCACAAUUCAAAACAAUUGUCCAUUUACGAUUUGGCCAGCGUACUUCAACAACCCUGACUCACCAGCUAGAAUCGAUGGAGGGGCGUCCCCUGCAGGUUGGGAAGCUCCAGGUGGAGACGUUCGUACCAUCUCGGUACCAGAUGGUUGGGCCGGAAGAUUCUGGGGACGCCGAAAUUGUGACUUUGGAGGAGGGUCAACUCUACCUUCAACCUGCGUUGUGGGUGGGUGUAACGGUGGAUUGGUUUGCGAUGCCUCUACCGGUACCGGCGUUCCACCCGUCACUUUGGCCGAGUUCAAGUUGAAUGGAGAUGGCAAUCAAGAUUUUUAUGAUGUUUCAAAUGUCGAUGGAAGUAAUCUUCCAGUACGAAUCACCAACACAAAAGGUUGCCCAACCCCUCAAUGUGCGGUUGAUCUCAAUGCGAUCUGUCCAGAUGAUCGCCUCAAAGUUCGUGACUCAAAUGGGGUCACCAUAGGUUGCCUUUCGGCUUGUCAAGCAAACUUGGAUGGCAACAGAGAAGAUUCAGCCAACUGCUGUACUGGUAGUCAUUCAACAGCUGACACUUGUCCUUCCAGUGGCGUUCAAUUUUACGAUUUCUUCAAAUCGAAUUGCCAGGAUGCGUACGCGUAUGCUUAUGAUGAAAGUAGCCAGUCCGCCCUUUGGACUUGCAGCGCUGAUGGAGGAGGAUCUGAUUAUACUGUUAUCUUCUGUCCUUGAGCUUGUAGGAAUCAAGAAUAGUAGUUGUCGCGUUUAUGUCUGAUUUCCUUUUGUUAUCAUUUCUCUUCUCGUUCAGAAAGGCUAUCUCCUGAUUGAAACUGUACUUGGUUAUCUUCAUAAAGAACCACCCGAGUAAUUUUGUACAAAGGGGCUUCAACUUUGAGUGCCAGUUGUUCUAUCAAUCGUGUACUAUUUAGUUUUGAAAAGGCUUUGAAUGACUUCUCAAGUGGAAUUCAAUUUCAAGACGCUUUCAAACGCU